GGUAUGGUUUCAACUGGCGUCAUCCCCUUUUCCGGUCCUCUUCGUCUUUCGCUUGGACACCACCAGCUUCUGUCGUACGCGGUGGACCUUUUUUUUUCCUGGCUUGAUUUGUUUACGUAGGGUAGUCGCUCUCUUUCAGCAGAUGGGCGUUCCCGACUUCGUCAAGUACAUCGCCCGCUCCUCGCCGGGGGCGCUGUGCCGCUUACCCAAAGGCGACUCCGCCGACCCGCUCGUCUUCGACUUUGUCCUCGUUGAUGCCACGAACGCCGCCCAGACGCUUGGCCUCGAGAACCUUCUUGCCUUCUUGCACCCGCACCACAUUCUCGCACGGCACGCCGUCAUUUUUGCCUUGGACUCGCAGCGUGAUCGCAGCGGCACGGCGCGGGCGCAGCGCCACACGGUGGUUCGCAUCGGCGACCUUGAUGUCCAAAUACAGAAGCUGUGCAGCCAACUCGCGGAGGUGUACCGCACCCACAACAACCGCCACCGUAGCAGCACGCAGCGGCCAGUGGCGAGCCCGCACAUCCUUACCAGCGGCCGCGGGGUGGCGGGCGAGGCGGACUACAAGCUGCUCGACCUGCAGCGGUCGCUGCUCACCGCCUCCCUUGCAGCUGGGGCGACAGUUCUGCCCAACUUCCUGUUUGUCUCGGAGGACUCGGAUGUGCUGUGCGGGGCCCUCUGCGGCCCCGCACCGCAGCAAGUGUCCAUCGCCACGCAACUGCAGGACGUGCUGUACGAGCCCUCCAUUCUCCGCUUGGAUCGCGUGCUCGCUUUCAUCGCGACAUGCACGGAUGCGUUCUACGCCGAGAACGAGCGCGAGGCGGCGGCGGUGGCGGCAGCGAAGGUAAAGGAGGCUGCGGAGCGCAACGCCGCGAAGGCGAAACUGGCGCCCCCGGCUUCCAAUACUGGGGCGUCAAACAGGAACAGCGAGGUCCACGCGAAGCAAGGGCUGAAUGCUGGAAAGGAGGAGGAAGAAGGGGAAGAAGUGGAGCUCUCCGUGAAGGACACUGCUGUCGUGCCACGACCGGCGGAGGUGGACGUUGUGCGUCGCCGCAAGCAGGAUGGACCGAUGGUGGCCACCGGCGUGCGUGUGGAGCUCACCGACAGCAGCGACGAUGACGAGCCGGAGGAGAAGACGCCAAAGAAGACUGUUACAGUGGCCGAUGAUCGUAGAAAUCAAAAGGAGGAUAAACAGGUUCGCAUGAAGACGGUGCCUAUUAGUGAGACUUCUGGGCAGCAUGCCGAGAACGGCGUUACUGCUGUUGCUGCGGCGGCGCUGGCGUCAGACCCGAUUCCCACCGAGGGGGAACUGACGGUGUCCACCAUCACCUACACCAGCUCCGUAGACAUGGUCUUCCUAUUCGUCAUUGUCAUGGGCAACACGGUCAACGUGCCGUCCCUGGUGCGUGGUGCGACGAAGGUAGACACCGCCUCGUGCUGGCAGGCGUACUGCAAGCAAAAGUACAAAAUUGUUUCGGCCAGCGAGGCCGAGACGGGCCGCGUUCUCCUGAGCACCUCGGUCGACACUCGUUCAUCCGACAAAGGCGGGUUUGUCUUGAACUGCGCGUUCCUGCACUCUAUUCUCGACUCUGUCCACUACGCCGAUGCCGAGGCACGGCCUCCCGGCGAGGAGGAGACGAACCGCGCGCUGACCUAUCUGUCCAACGCCGUCUACGCCACGCUACGGUACGUGGUCGGCUGCAACCUGGAGAAGCCCCCGGCGCUUCAGCAGACCUUCCUCGACUCCCGCCCGCUUUCCGAGACGGCACUCAUGCUGCCGAGUCUUUCCGCAGUGAUGUGGCUUCUGGGGCAGAAGGCGACGCGCACCUUCACCUUCCCGCUGCACGGUCUUGCAAAGAAGGAGCUACUCUCUGUCGCGUCUGGUGGUGCGAUGGGGGGUAAGGAUACGGUGGGCGGCGGCGCUGCUGCCUUAGCCACUCCGUUGCACAGUGCAACAGCCGCCUCGCCUCUGCGCGGUGCGGCGACGUCGGCGGGCGACUUGCACGUUGGCGAUCACCUCGUGGCAUCGGUGGCGGCCAACGCCUGGGCGGUCCGCGGCGGCCGCACGAGCGUUGUGUCGCUCGCCACCCUCGCACAAAGCUUCAUCAGCAGCAGCGACGUCACGGGCGAGGGACGCGCAGCUACGUCGGCCGGCGUUGCGGUGCGCUCGACUCAGCUGCCCAGCAUGACGGAGCUGCUCAAGAAGUGUUUGCAGAGGGUGUGCCCGGCUGUUCUGGCCAAGGCGAACCUACUCGUGUACCUCGUCACGGUGUGGGAGUACGCACUGGGCACUGGGGUGCGGCGCCUUGCAGCGCUAACGAAAGGUGCAGCCCACGUGGCGCGUGCCGAGGGCGGCGACGAGGUCUUCACCGCCGUGCAGGCGGCCUCGUCGGCGGGCAACCCAAUGCGCACGGCGGAGAAUGCCGCGGCUGCCGUUCGUGCGAAGCACGUCGCGGGGCACUACGUGUACAGCUUUGAACUGCGCCGUAUGACACCCGUGAUGCGGUCCUCGGACACACCGGCACCCGUACUCGUCAAGGAGGUCACUACACCCGCCGCUGCUUCCGCCACAACAACCUCAUCGUCCACAUUGUCGCCGGCCAACUCUACCGUUGGCCCCUCUGCCGCGCAGCAAGCUGUCCUUGCCGCGUUGGGCGUCUCCUACGACUACUCCAAGGCCCCUCGUGCCCCGGAGAACGUCGUCAACUUGCCGCACUCGGCCAUGGAUGACGAGGAUAAGGCGGAGCUUCAGCGGCUGAAGAAGGUCGCGAAGAAGGAGCGCGCGCUGACGGCGUCGGCUGCUGCUGCUGCGAAAAAGUCCGCGAAGGACGGUGACACGACGGACGCCGACGCGUCUGGCGAGACGAAGGAGGGGUCUCCCAAAAAAGGACAGAGGAAGAAGGACAAGUCGAAGCAGAAGAAACGGCUUGGCAAGCGUGAGCGGUUGCAGCGGCAGAAGGCGAUGGAGAAGUCUGGCGGCGGUGGCGGCCAGAGCAGAGAAGAUCGCUCAUAG